UUUAAAGUGAAUAAUGACAAAUACAUUCCGAUCAAUUUGCUGUUUUGCCAAAAAGCAGACAUUUAUUACGUUUUAAUAUUCGUUCACAAGCAUCUCAAUUAGGAAAAAAGUCGAUUUUUAUAGUUUUUCUAGUUUCGAUCUGAACAGUUGAAUAUAUUGAGAUAAGUCUGCCGUUGAUCGAGAUAAAUAUAUGUUAUAACAUUAUCCCAGCGAUUUACGUUUAAUAAAAAACAAAUCUGAUAAUAUCAGGCUGAUAUAAAUAGAAAAUCGCUUCGUGGAAAAUUUAGUUUGCGGGCAACUGUUGAACUAAUUUUGCUUUUCGGACGAAUACUCCUCAAAAUGAAAUUAUUUUUAUUCGCAACAUUACUGGUUGGAUGCUAUGUGUUCAACUGUGCAAGUGGUUUCAAUAUAAACGAUGUACAGUAUUCAGUUGUAAUUGAUGCCGGUUCAACAGGAAAUAGGGCAACAGCUUAUAAAUUCAACAUUAAUCGCAAAACCAAGCAAUUCAUUUUGGACGAUGGAGAAGAAUAUGUCAAAGAACAUGGAGGCCUUGGCACUUUUGUUGACCCAUCUGAGGCAGCAGAAAAGAUAAAAAUUUUACUGGAAAAAUUGAAAGAAAAACUUAAUCUUCCAUCAGAAGUGUUGGGAAAAACGCCAUUGGUACUAAAAGCAACCGGCGGCCUUCGAAAAUUAAAUCCCCUGCACGCUGAAAAGAUAUUAGUUGAAGUACGCAAAGUACUUCAAAGUUCCGGAUUUUUGGUUAAAGGUAAUGCGGCUUCAAUCAUAAGUGGCGUGGAUGAAGGAAUUUUUUCAUGGUUUUCAAUUAAUUAUAUAUCAGGUCAUUGGGGUACCAAGAAUUUUAAGACGGUGGUGGCUCUGGAUUUAGGAGGUGCAAGCACACAAGUGACAUUUGCAUUGAGUGGGAAGAGCGAAGAUCCGUGGAUCGAAGACAAUCUUUACACUGUGUCGACAUCAGUACCAAAAGCCAAAGCGAAAGUCUUUUCAACAAGCUAUAUGGAUUUGGGUGCCGAAGCGGUUCGAUUAGCUGUAUUCAGUCAUGGAAAUCCUGAAGGAGCGACACAUUUGCACACUGUCUGUAUGCAUCCAGAUACGAAACCAUCGCUUAAAAAAUUCGGCACCACAUUGUAUACCAUGUAUGGUAUACCACAUGAAAAAUCGACAGGCUAUUUUGAUGUAUGUAGAAACCUGGUGAAGGAAAAAGUUUUACAUUUACUUUCGCCAAAACCUAGCCCAUUGAAAAACGAGAGUGAAGUCUAUGCCUUUUCUGGGUUUUAUUUUAGAUUCAGAAAAACCGGUUUAAUUAAUCGUGAAGAAGGUGGCCAAGUAACAUUGGAAGAUAUUUUGUCGAGUGCACAAAAAGCUUGCAGCGUUCCAAAUAAUAAAAAUCCUUACUUAUGUCUUGAUUUAACCUAUAUGUAUGUCUUGCUUAGCGAUGGAUACGAAUUGGGACCAGACACCAAAGUCAAUUUUCAUCAGAAAUUGAAUGGUCACGACAUUUCUUGGGCUCUCGCUGUCGCCUAUGAUCAAUUAGUUGGUCUACGUCGGGAAAAAAUAGAAGGCAAAGUUUGCUGUUGUAUAAUGUAGCGAUGUAAUGUAGUUUUCUAGUAGAAAAUUAACUUUCAAAAAUUGGCAAAUUUUAGUACUGCAUCUAAAGUUUUAUCUGAGAUUUUUUUAUCAAUACCAUCUAAUACCUUAAGACUAAUGGAAUAAGGAACUGCGAAUGUCUGAAAAAUACCCAACCACUUUAAUACACAAACUGCCAUUGAAUUACCGCUUGAAAUAUAUUUUUUAUAAUAUGGAGAAGAAUUUAAAAACAACAUAAACAUUUCAAAUAUAAAUGAAAA